AACGCUGCGGUAAAAAAAGAAAAAUAAUUUGAUUGUAAGCUUAGUUUUUUUUAAGGGGGAGGGCUUUGUUUUGUUUUGUUUUUGUUGUUGUUGGUUUUUUUUUUUUUUUUUUUUUUUUUUUUUUUUUAGUGCUUAUUGUCAUAUCAUUGUUUUUAAAAUUCCACUGUUACUGUGUGGACAUAACAAUGGGGAAGAGACUUUUCGAAAGACCUUCAACUCUGUGCUGUCAGUGUCAGUCAAAAAUGGCCUUCUAUUCUUACGCUAUUUCUUUUUUAUUAUAAUCAUUUAUUCUUUAUGCAAGAUGAAGGAUCUUUAAAUACCCCUUUUCUAUGUGACUUGGCACAAUCAUUUACAGUUUUUAAUGAACAUGCAUCAUUAUACAGUAAGUAGCGGCUCGCUAUAUCAGCAGUAAUUUUACCCACUUUCCUUUUAGCUGGUGACUGUAGCUAUGGUCCAUUCAAUAAAUUUCAAUUGAUUACUUUUUACCCGACAAUGAAAAUCAAUAGUUUACAAAAACAAAAAAAGUGAUUCAGUCUAAAAGUAGAAUAAUCCCUGAAUGUUGGUGAAACUCACGUGGUUCUUUAUAACAAAGCGCCAUUUGUCUGCGAAUCUAAUCAAUAUCGUGAAAUGUUGUAUACAAAACUUCCGUACAACUAGCUGUAGAUCACUCGAGACGUGACGUAGAUGGAUACACUUCCAUGUGUUUCAGAUAGGAAACAUUUGUAUAUCGAAAAACAAUAUUUGAAGGAGAUCGUCCUCCGGUAAUUAUCAGUAGAAGACCCACAGAAAUAAUGGAAUCGAUCUCGCUGAUUCUAAUACCACGGAGAUGAGGAUAGUUUUCCCUUGAUGUUUUGCUAUUCUCUUGAUUAAUUUUAGCAGUGUAUCUGCAUUGCUUGAGAUAUUUCAAAAAGAAACUAAUGAAUUUUCAGUGGCUUAAGGCAAGUUUUCGCUGAACUCGACAGAUCGAAUCUAAUGGUGUAUGCCUGAGUUCUCAUGUAAAAACAGGCAUCGCCUUGCAGGUGGAACUGUGUCUUAUCUAUUUAGAGAGAUCAUUCAUGGUUAUAUAUAACGAACCGGUAAUGCUCAUACAAGAGCUAAAAGGACAUACUCUGUUGUUGUGCAAGGAUGCAGGCAAUAUCUGCUGAUUGAAGUUUUACGCAUGGGCAAUCUGCCACAAUUAUGAGUGUUGCUGUUAAUUGAGGAAACAGCGUGUUUUAGCAUCAGCCGUUGCACAAGUGCACCAUAUAUAUAGCAAUGUAUUUCCUCUGUACUUCAGUUUUAAAAAGGUAGAUCAGCGGUUUCAUUACAACUACUGACGAAGGACUACUGUGUUUACUCCAGCGUCCACAAGGUGAAGGUUUUCUAAAAUGAGUCAAACUAGUGAGCUGCUGUCUGAUGACGACACAGCAAGUGGUGUGACGUGUUCUGACAGAUACCCGUAUACCGGAUCAUCAGGAGGCUCCGACAGGGACGAGCGCGGACAACUGCAACGACAACAAACUGAAAUAUCGGAACUCUCCGACGAUAGCUAUUUGACUUAUCAACCACUUAUUCCAAAUGAGAACCAAGAGGAAGGUGCUUUGGGUGGUGAAAACCAAGUGGUUAAUAAUGGAGACCAGCAAUGCGGGUGCGAUAGCUGCCGCGAGGAAGCUGUCAGAGCCAUGUACGAAAACCAACAAAUGAUUGUCGAUGAUGGAGAGUGCAUGUGUGAAAAUUGUGUUAAAUCAAGACAGUGCAUUCAGUACGAAAGAACAAACUUAUCUUUAGACCAUAGAAAUCCAGAGAACUUAAGUAGUGGUCGCAGAGGACAGUGGCAAGCGCAAGGUCACUGGACGGGGAUCAGCAUUUCCGAUGAUGACAUUGAAAUCAUCGCAGACUCAGAUUACUAUAACGAUAAGAAUGUGUUUUAUAUUGACCCAUCAGUGGCUAGAAGUUUAUUAAGUGAGUUUUUAGUGAGAGAGAACCCAAGGCGUUCUAAUCUACAUAUUCAUGUAGAUACUCGAACCAAACGACAAAAGUUUGUGGCGCGUGCUGUGAUGAUCGUUUCCAUGACGAUGUUUACGGUCAGUGCUCUUCUCGUGAUGGUGUCCCUCAUUAUGUCCGACAAGAUUGAUGAUCUUGUGAGAGGAAACAACGACCUUCUCCAGAAACACACGCCGUCUACUACCCCGGCUUCUGUCGUUGCUAACCUGACUUACGUCAUCAAUAAUGCUACCAGAGGACAAGGAUGACGCCAUCCUGUCGGCUGAAGACUCUUCAAAUAUACCAAAAGAGCAUUCCAGCAUAUUCAAAGCAUUCCCAACCUUUUAGUAGUGAGGCAUCGAUGAUACUCGUUGUUAGAGUCUGUUUUUAUAUCUAACAACACAAGGGAUUCAUCAACUUCCUGUUACAAUCCGAGGGGUUUAUCUUCUCUCCUUGAAUGAAAUUUGCUUCACGUCGAAACAUGGCGCAUAGUUUUGCGAAGACAUGUAAGAGUGUUUUAGAAUGACAUACAAGGGUGAAAACAGAGAUUGACAUAUAGUGUAGGGUGCAUGCUUUGGACAAUGGAGAAUACAUGGUAAAUAGAAAUCCAUUUGUGUUGUAGUUUUGAUGGAGGAAAUAGUCAACAUUCAGCAUCACCCCAAAUACCACAGCAAACGUUUCCACGACUUCAGACAUCAAUUAUAUCGGCAAUGUAUUCACUUGCUUGACAAUGAGUCAAGUUUUUUUACAAACCAUUUGAGGAGGACUUUGUUUGCCAUAAUCUUAUAUUUUGGAUUGAAUGUACACGCAGAACACUAACGUCAUAAAACUUGAUUAAUGAAUACUUUUGCUUCACAACGAAAUCCGACCCUGUGUAUACUUGGAGUAGGUUUGGUAAGAAUUUCUAAACAAAUCUCAAUGAAAAUUUUACUAAUUCACAAAUUAACAAGCACGUAUAUCACAGGUAUAUCUAUUCAUUUUUGGUAUAGAAGGAACUUCCUUGUAUGGAUUUAAAGGGUUUUGAUAUAAAUAUUUUUUUUGCCCCCGCCACAAAGUGGUCGGGGCAUAUUGUUUACCCUUGUCCAUCCUCCCGUCCUUCAGUGACACACAGUUUCCGGAUUUUUUUCUAAACGCCUUGAGGUAUUGAAUUGAUUUUAUUUUUUGGUAUGGUGGUGUAUAAAGAUGAGUUACAGACCGAGUUUGAGUUUUAUUCCGGUUCGUUGAAUUUUGAUGGAGUUAUGUCCCUUUAACAUAGAAAAAUUACUAUUACAACCAGUUUUCCAGAUUUUUUCUAAACACCUUGAGAUAUUGAACUGAUUGUUUUGUAUGCAGAUGUAUAUUGGUCAGUUACAGAUCGAGUUUGAGUUUUGUUAUGGUUCGUUGAUUUUUGAUGGAGUUGUGCCCCUUUAACGUAGAAAAAUUAAUGUUAAGAUAAGCUUUCCGGUCUUUUUUCUAAACGUCUUGAAAUAUUGUAUUGAUUUUUUUUGUAGGUAGGUGUAUACUGAUUAGUUACAGAUCGAGUUUGAGUUUUGUUCCGGUUCGUUGGUUUUUUUAAUGGAGUUGUGCCCCUUCAACGUAGAAAAAUUACUAUUACGAACAGUUUUCCGGACUUUUUGUCAAAACGCUUUUAGAUAUUGAACUGAUUAUUUUGUAGGCAGAUGUAUAUUGGUGAGUAUCAAGUUUGAGUUUUGUUCCGGUUCUUUGAUUUUUUAUGGAAUUAUGCCCCUUUAACGUAGAAACAUUUCUGUUACGAUCAGUUUUCCGGGCUUUUUUCAUAUGAUGUUAUUGAUUUAGAAGAAACUUUUAUAAAGUAUGUGUCUAUCUUAUGGCUGUUAAAACAUAUAAAGGAUCGUUGUUGAGUUCUUCAUUGUACUAAAUGCGUGCAGCAUACAAUUAUGAAUACCACAGUCAAUGCUACAUGUAUACUUCGAUGGAUUUUCUGUUUGACUUUACUGCAGGCGGGGGCAUUCGUGUCGUGCCGAAACAUCUAGUUUUCCUGUAUUUUACAUAUCACGUGAUCAUUGUUUUAUCAUGGAUACUUUGUCCUGUAAAGAAAAUGCAACGAAAACGGCCGAUUAAUUUUAUCAUUAUUGAUUUAUGAAAAUAUAAUUUUUUCAAUGUUCUCGUGGUUUUAGUCUUCAGAAUACAAAUGAAGGAUCUCCCUUGGUUAUUCUAUGGUUUCACUGUGUAUAUUUUUUCAAAUAUUAUUCUUGCAGUUACAUACUGGUAUGAAUUUUGCAUAUGGUGGAAGUUCAAAGCAUGAUGGAGAUUGAUGUGAUAUUUAUCAUCAUUUCAUGCUACAGAGCUGUAUUUGAAUGGUGGUGAAUUACGAAAUAAUCUAUUUUUCACGAAAUGACCCUUUUUUUUAGACAUCAGGGAACUGACGGUAACUGACGACUCGGUAGUCACGAAAUUCCCCAAUGGACGGUUUUUUGUUUGGUGAUUAGUUUACUCCACAGCAGUACGUGUUGAUUUUCUUUUCAAAUAACCAAGGAGGCAAUCAUACUGUGAUAAUUAAAGACAUCAAAGAAUAACGCAAACAACACCCUGUGCAAUAAAGACUUAAUACAUACGAUUUUUAUACAUAUUUUUGCACAAUGAUUGAUUUUCUGAUGAUACGUUUUGAUUGUUUUGUUUUUUAACAAACAUUUUAUUCUAUGUACAUGUCCUCCAUUGACAUUUUUAAUGUUAAAUUAGAGCUGAGUUGUUCAAAAUGCACAUCCUUAAAAGAAAUUGUGCUUUGAAAGUUUUUAGUAAGUACGUAUUUUAAUGGAUAUUUUACGAUUGAAUUUUCAUGUUAUAAUAGUAAACGAACUAAAGGUAGUCUUAAUGGUUAUGUCAAAACUUGAUUAAAAUCUUUUAUCUUUU